AAUACUUAACCAUAUCUAUAUACGAAGCAAAAUUCUUAAAAAUUAAAAUAGUUGGACCCGGCCAUGACUUUGCGGAUAAUAGAUUAUGAGUAUGUAAUAUAGUGUUAUCAUUUAAAUAAAGAGAUAGAAUCAUUAUAUUUCUAACAAUAUUCAGGUUUUUAUCUCUUAAAAGUGAAAAGAUGCCAAGAAUCCGAAAACGAUCUAAAUCAGUUGCUGAAGUUCGGAGAUAUCGCAAACUUGAUGAAGAGAAAACAAAACAUGAACUCGAAUUUUCUGUCAAUUUUGAAGAGAAGCGGAACAUUACAAAAACGAAAAAGAAAAAACAGUUGGUCGCUGAAAACAUGUAUUUAGACUCUGGUAAACAUCGCGUUGAAAAAGAGAUGAAAGACAAAGAGCAUGAUUUAAAACUUAUGAAAUUUGAAAACUCUAAACUCUCUGACGAUUUGAAAGCGGUGAAGGAAGAACUUUCCAAACUGAAAUUAAGCACUGAUAAUGAACGAAUAUCGCUAUGGAACGAUAUAAGGAAAGGUAUGACAGAAAAGGACAAAGUGAAAUCAGAUUUUGAAAAUGAAAGAAAGGCAUUAGAGAAAAAGUUGAAAAUAAGUAAGGAAGAAAACGACAUAUUAAAAUUAAAACUCGACAAUGAAAGACAGAGGCUAGAAGAUGUGGCACAAAGCGUAAAAAUACAGUUGUCAAAACAAGCUAAAGAAUUUGCCGAGGAAAAGGAAAAGAUAGAAGGAGAGAAACGUCAAAUGACAAAAGAUUUGACAGAAGAACGAAAGCAAAAUUGGGAAAAUUUCCUGAAAGUUUCAACCAUAAUACAAAACAGUCGAGGUGCUAUGCUCCUUAAAGGAUCAUUUAAACAUGUCCAAAUGGGCGCCUCAAAUAUCAUAUCAGAUGAAGUGGCGUCUCAGUGGCAAGAGCUCAUAGAUAAAUUAUCAUUAUCCGUAGACGAACAAAUGGCGAAAAGACAGGAGUUGGAAACAAUGAUAAGUAAAAAUAAAAUCAUGCUGAAAGAGAUGCAAGAUUCAAUAAAUAAGAUUGCCGAUAAUCUGAAAAAGAGCAGAUCAAAACUGUCUAAAGAAGAUAGAGAGCUAUUAAUCUUUUUGACUGCUGAUAGAUCAGACGAACAUGUAAUUACAGAAGGAAUAAAGCAAUUCAGUCAAGUCCGAAAGGACAAGAAAAAUCUACCUCUUGCUGUAGAUGCUAUGAUUGAAAGGUUGCUGAAUAAACUUGGCAGCAUCACAUGCGGUAAAUUUGUCCAAAUUCUUGAAGGAAGAAAACACACACUAAACAAGGAAAUGGUACCAGAUGAUACUGACCAAACUGAAGUUAAGCAAUUUUCUAUAAAGUCGGAGCCUGAGAAUCCUUUGCAACAGUUUGAUAACGAUAUCCCUCUCGACAAAUGCCUCUGUGUAGAAAUUCUUUCAAAUUGGCUAAAUUUUUCGGAUGAAAACGACCAUUUAAACUUACUUGGAAAAUUAAAAGCUUACGAAUCCAAGCUUUCAGCAGAAUUAAUUAUAAAAUACGAAAACGAAUUUAGAAGUAUAAAUGUUUCAAGUGACAUAAAGGAAUACAAUCGCCGGCAGAAAAUAAAAGCCAACAUGAAGGAUUUGACAGACCACCACCAGGUCUGCCUGAUGCCCUUUCACAGUUUAUGCAUCAACUAGAGGGUCUAAAAAUAGUACUUGAUAUUGAUAAAAAAGUGGACGAAAUUUUGAAAAAAAUGGCUGAUUGAUCUCACCCAUAUCAAAGUUUGCUCCAAUAGCACAUUUGUUUAUUCCGACGUUUGAAAAUGCUAUGUAGAAUAUGCCAUUUGGUAUUAAGCAUAUGGAAAGAGAACUCAAUAGUAUGAAUGCAGGCAUAAGAUAAGAGAACGGUUACUAUUUAAAAAAAAUAAAAUCUUUAGUUUGUAUCAAGUGUGCAUUAUUUUGUUUGUCAAUGAAUAAAAAGCUAUAGUUACGUUGUAAAUAACAAUAAAAAGCAAUGUACUGAGUGAAAUAUAAAAAAAAGAAUCUAUUGGCUAUUUCUGCAGAAAAUGUGUUAUGUUUACUCGUAUUUGAAUGGCCAGAGCGAGCAAUAUGAAAAUGAUAACCAAGGAGCAGUCUAACGAAAUAGUAAACGGUUGUUGGGUAUCCCCCCACAACUACUUAUCAAUACAAUUCUGAAUUUGCUCAUUUCAAAAAAUAUUUUAAUAAGCUGUACAAAAUAGAUAUUUAACAACAAAAAGAAUUGUUAUUAUCAGAAUGGAUACCAACUUAUGAAUAUAACUUUGUAUUUGUCCCGUUUUUAACGCAUUUGCUGUAUUAUUAAAUAAAAAGUUAAACUUUAAAACAUUUUGAUAAUUUUGUUUCUCAUUUUCUGAUGGAAUUAAGUAUAUCUGUUAUACCUAUCUAUUUGCUUGCAUUGAUUUAAGUAUAACCGUAAAAAUACGAAAAUCUUUCGACUUUCCUUUUAAUGCAAUUGCGGGAUUUAGCGUAUCUCAUGUAUUUUUAUGUAUUUUUUUGUACUUUCUGAUAAGAUUUAUUGAGAUUAUGAUAAUCUAUCUUUUUUGCACGUUGUCGCAAAAAUACAUUCACAUGUUUUGAAUGACUAAUGGUAAACGACAUUAAAUUAUACAAAAACAUUUCAAUUGUUGUGUCAUUUUAUAGAAUGUAAAAAAGUUUGAAUUUAAAAGGCAAUUGAUGGAACUGUAAAAUAGCUUCCUCCUUAGCUUAUAUAAGUACACCAUUUAAAAUAAAGUUUAUAUAAAGAAAAUCUAUGAUACAGAUCAAGACAAAUAGGCAAAGAAGAACGC